AUGGCUGAAAAGAGGAAUGUUUUAGGGCUGCCACUGCUGUUUUUGUUAAUAGCAGUGGCUCUUUUGCAUUUAUUAAUUUGUCCGUUCACCAAAGUCGAGGAGAGCUUUAAUUUACAAGCGGCGCACGAUAUUCUGUAUCACAGACUCAACUUUGACAAGUAUGACCAUCAUGAGUUCCCUGGCGUGGUGCCACGGACUUUCCUCGGCCCUCUGUUCCUCUCCGUGCUCUGCAGCCCCGCCGUGUUCCUGUCCUCUCUGUUGGACGCACCGAAGUUCUACUCACAGCUGAUAGUCCGAGCUUCACUUGGAGCGUGUGUCGUCGGAUCACUGUGGCACAUGCAGAAGGAGGUGAGGAGGCAGUUUGGCUCCACAGUUGCAAGCCUCUUCUGUCUGACGUGUGCUUCACAGUUUCACCUCAUGUUCUACAGCACCAGGACGCUCCCUAAUGUCUUUGCUCUGCCAAUAGUUCUGGUUGCAUUCACAUCUUGGAUGGCUCAGAGAUACGGCCGCUUCAUCAGCCUCUCUGCAUUAGUCAUCAUCGUGUUCCGGUCAGAGCUCUGCAUCUUCCUGGGUCUCAUGUUACUGAUAUCACUGUUGAGCAGGAGGCUGGGGCUGCUGCAGCUGCUUUACUCUGCCGUUCCUGCUGGGAUCCUGUCGCUGGCCCUGACGGUAGCCGUUGACACCUUCUUUUGGAGGAAGCUUUUGUGGCCUGAGGGUCAGGUUUUGUGGUACAACACUAUUCUCAACAAAAGUUCCGACUGGGGAACCUCUCCCUUUCUGUGGUACUUUUACUCCGCUGUGCCCCGUGCCCUGGGCUGCACGCUGCUCUUCGUCCCCGUCGGCCUCCUUGACAGGCGAAUGAGGCUUCUGCUGCUACCAACCGUAGGCUUCAUCCUCAUCUACUCGCUGCUGCCCCACAAGGAGCUGCGCUUCAUCAUAUACACAUUUCCUGUGCUCAGCUUGGUGGCUGCCCGAGGGUGUUCUUUCAUUUUGUGCAACUACCAGAAAUCUUGGAUGUACAAACUCGGCUCUGCAGUUGUGAUCGGCCAACUGUUGACCAACGCUGCAUACUCUAGCAUUAGUCUCUACGUUUCACACCACAAUUACCCAGGCGGCCGAGGGAUGCAGGAGCUACACAGACUGUUGCCCGUCACAGCAGAUGUUUCUGUUCAUAUUGACACCUACGCUGCUGAAACUGGAGUAUCUCGCUUUUUGGAGCAGAACAGAAACUGGAGAUACGACAAACGUGAGGACCUGAGCCUCACAAGUCCUGACAUCAAAAGGUACUCACACCUACUGAUGGAGGCGAAUGUCACCAAGAUAAAGCUACUCAAGGACUCUCAUCAGCCUUUGGCCUUCAUCGAAGGUUACAGCAACAUCGCCUUGAACAUGUUCCACUUCCCGCCGGUCAGUGUGCGAUUAGAGAGAAAAACUGUGCUCAUGGAGAGAAAGACAGCAAAUGGGCAACAAAGACAGUGACUUUUUUAGGAAUUACAUCUUUUCUUAAUGACCAAAAAAAGACCAAAGGUGAACAAAAACAGUAACCUUGAAGGUUAUAACGGGACAGAUUGGAGCGAUAUUGGUAUGAAAAGAAAAACAGAUCUAUCAUGUCAUUCCACUGCAGGUCAACAGCUGACAUGCGUGAUAAAUAGGUUGUGUUGAACUGUCAUAUAUUUUCUGAUGUUUAAAAUGUUCAGGGUUCCCACACAUUUUCAUAGACAAAAAUAAAAAAAAAAACCCAACCAAAAUCUGACUUUUUCCACAAACUCCAAAUUCAAUUCCAUGACUUUCCAGGCCUGUGAAACAAGAUUGUGAAAUUUCUUUAACUUUCAAGGACCCGUGUUAAACUAUCCGAAUUACAAUAUACAGCAUAAGUAUGAAAACAAGUUCCACAAGUUUUUCUGUCAAUUUACAACCUUUUUUUAACCUAUUCCCUGACUUUCCUAGGUCUGUUAAAAUAGUGAAAUUCAAUGACUUUUCCAGUUUUUCCAUGACCAUGGGAUGGGAACACUGAAUGUUUCUCUUCUCAUGCUCAUGUGUAACAUAUUUCUCAUAAAUAAUACUAGAAAGGCCUGUUUCUUGCAGAUAGCUUUGUAUUUUUUACCUCAAGACUGUUAUUUGUACAUUUUGUAGAUAGAUUUAAUAGAUGAAUAAAGCUGAAACGGAGUCCAGAAAA